AUGGCCUUUGGUUUUAACUCAGUAGACGGGCAUGUCGAUUUGCUUCCAGGUUUUCGAUUUCAUCCGACAGAUGAAGAACUUAUAACUCAUUAUCUGUCUCCUAAAGUAGUCGAUAGCAGCUUUUGCGCCACAGCCAUUGGAGAAGUGGACUUGAAUAAGGUUGAACCUUGGGAUUUGCCAUGGAAGGCAAAAAUGGGUGAAAAAGAAUGGUAUUUCUUCUGUGUAAGAGAUAGAAAGUACCCAACUGGAUUGAGGACGAACAGAGCCACUGAAGCAGGUUAUUGGAAGGCUACCGGCAAAGAUAAGGAGAUUUUCAGGGUAAAAAUCCUAGUCGGAAUGAAGAAAACUCUCGUAUUUUACAGAGGAAGAGCUCCCAGAGGAGAAAAGACUAAUUGGGUCAUGCACGAAUACAGAUUAGAAGGCGAUAAUUGUAUGCAUAAUCUCUCCACAAGUUUCAAGAAAGAAUGGGUGAUCUGCAGAGUUUUUAAGAAGAGUUUAGGAGGUAAGAAAAUACACAUCUUAGGAAUAAUCAAAGACAGAAAUUCUGGGGAAAAUUCAGAGUCCUCAGAUUUGCCUCCAUUAAUGGAAUUAUCAUCAGAUGAUAAUCAGACAGGAUCUACACUGGCAGAGGAUUCACAUGUGCCCUGCUUCUCCAAUCAACUGGAGGAUCCGAAACCUCAAAACGAAAUGAUUGAUGAAUUUAAUAAUUCUGCUUCGUUAAUUUCCCAGAAUAGAGAAAAUCUGGCCUAUUUGGAUUCUGAUUUGAUGAUGCAAGAUCACUCCAUGUUGAGGCUUUUGCUAGAGGGAAACGUAAAGCAAAAUGGCAAACCCGAUUUUUUACAGGAUACGGGUAUGGGUUCUUCCAUGUUUGGCUAUGGAAUGAGGGCUUAUGAGGAUCAAGAUUUUUCAGUUAUUUCUGCUGGGCCAGUGGACCUUGAUUGCCUAUGGAAUUAUCCUAUUUGA